CGGCUUUUGAAACGUGAGCUCUCUAUUACCUAACGUACGAAGGACGCUUAUAUAUUUCAACUAUCUAGUACUAGGCUUAGUUUUGGCUAUUGCUUCAGCGUGUAUAAACAGCUCUAUAUAGCAAGCUGCGUAUGUUGCCAACAGAGAUGGAUCAGCAGUACAGCUCGCCGGUGGUGGGCACUCAGCGUGGCUCACAGCAGUGGUCUCCGGGCCCUGGUGCUUCCAGAGUGUCAGAUCAGCCCCUGAGAGAAGGGCUGUUGAGUGAAAUUGGUAAUGUUGCCUGGGCCGUUGGUUCUGAUAACGAUAACGACAACGACGUCACUCUGGGUGUUGUCUCUUCACUCUUGAGCAGUGCUGUCCAUAGUGAGUCCAGUUCCACUGUUUCUUCACCUGGCGAGUGCUACAGUGACAGCCACGUGGUUAGAAGUUCGAGAAGUGGACAUAACGUGGAGACUGUGUAUAUGAAGCCCGUUGUGGAUCCGACCUUGCAACAGUCGCUCGUGGAAACGUUUAGUGCAAUGGGGUUUGAGUACGACUCUGAGAUUCCUAGCGAGGAUGAAGACGACGAUGGUAAGGAGAACAGUACCUCUAUUGGUGUGUUAAGUGGUAAAUCAAGGGUAUUUCCAUUGCAGUUCUUGUCAAACCACUGUGCUUUGAAUAAUGAUGAGGAAGAUGAAUCUUCUGAUGACGGCUCACUUGAUGAUGAGGAUGAUGAUGAUUUGAUUCUAGACGAGGAACCACCUUAUAAAGAGCGGAACCCCAAGAUACCAGAGCAAGAAUCCACACAUUGCCUUCCUGUAAAUGUGCUAUACAAAACCAAUGAUAAUGUCAAGUUCAUCGAGAACAUUGAAGAUAUAGACGAUAAGACUUGGUUACCAAGGUAUUUCCAAGGUCAUAGAAUCAAACGGUCUCCAAUAUUGAAAGGGUCCUCGCAAGUUGAGUACAAAUAUAACAGGAGAUGUCCCAAGUCCUCCAAUGGUUGUGAAACAAGAUGUUGUGGAUUCAAAGAGCGGACAAGUGCUUCAUUCAUCUCGAAUCUCACCUGUUGGAGGUAUGAAAGAAGGCACUGUCUCACUGGAAGAGUUGAGAGGAUGUGUCGCUUAUGUCGAGGUCAAAAUUGGGUCCUCAAGGCGGAUUUCGAAACUCACUUGCUGCUUUCCCAUGGUGUACUUCAACCUCCUGGUUUAUCACCAAGUCUCCUACCCCUACCUGGAUCAGUGUUUGAAAUAUCUCAAAAGCAAUGGAUCAAUAGAUCCGUCGAAUGUCCACAUUGUUCCCAAUGGAUUCAAUUGGGCCAAUUGCCCGAUGGACAAUUACAAUAUUCGAAAUCACAGGGACUCUACUUCAACUAUUUUCUUCACAUCCUCAAGGCACACCAAGAUGUUCACUCAUAGCCUGUUCUCUAUUGUUACAAUAGCAAACUAUCACGGUUGUUACUACGCAUCUGAGAAAUUAUGAUGAACUGCAUCUGUUUUUUCUUCUUUUCAUAUCAUUAUCUUUUCGAUCAUCCUAAGGCA